AUGGCCGUAAUCCAAGAUCAUUGUUAUCGUAGACCAAAGCGUGAGGUCAACAAAAAUGUGCUCAAGGUGCCUGAUGCUGAGCGCAAGGCGCUGGACGCGACGACCAACGAGCCAUGGGGGCCUCAUGGCCAGCUGCUCGUGGACCUCGCGCGGGCGUCGCACAACCCGAUCGAGUAUUCCAUGGUCAUGAACGUGCUGUGGAAACGAUGCCAGGAUGUCGGCAAGGACUGGCGCCACGUGUACAAGGCGCUGGUGGUGAUGGACUACCUGGUGGCGCAUGGCACCGAGCGCGUCGUCAGAGACCUCCGCGACCGCUCCGCCUUCAUUCAGAGUCUGGCCGAUUUCCAGUACAUGGACAGCGCGGGCAAGGACCAGGGGCUCAACGUGCGCACCAAGGCGCAGUCGCUGCUCGCCCUGCUGCGCGACUCAGCGCGCAUUGCUGAGCUCAGGGACCGUGCUGCUGCCACUCGCAACAGGUUCAAGGGCGCGUCAGCAGCGGGCUCGGGGCGGGCGUCGAACCCGUAUGGCGACUACGAGCCUGAGAGGCAGUCCAAGGACUCGCACCCCACGGCCAGCUACGGCAGCAACAGCUACGCCGGCGACAGCAAGAGUGUGUACAGCACGGGGUCGGCGGAGAGGGAGAGGGUGCACUCCACUGACAGCGCACACAGUGGCGAGGGCGAGAGGCCGGGCGGGUACACAGGCAAGGAGAGGUACGGCGCGGAGGAGGAGGUGGAGCACAGCAGCACGGGGGGCGGUGCGGCGAGGGCGAGCGGGCACGAGGGAGGGGGUGCGGCGGGCAGUAGGGUGGCGGGCAGCGGUGCUGGUGGAGAAGGUGUGGCAGCGGGACAGGCUGGGGGUGGUGGGGGCGGUGGCACGCCACAGAGUGCGCCCAGGCCUGCUGCCGUGCCCACCACUGCAGCAGCCAGCGCCAGUCCGUUUGAAGAGGAAGGUUUUUCAGCAAGCGCCUACGGCCCAGGCCCAACACAGCCCUACACCUACCCGCCCUCCGAUGCCCCUCCUACUGCUGCUGCUGCUGCGGCGCCUGUAGCAGCGGCGUCCGGUGGAGGGGGAGGGGGCUUUGACGACGACGACUUUGACCCGCGCUCCGCAGCACAGCAGCCAGCGCAGCAGCAGUGGCAGCCCGCACCUGCUGCAGCCGUUGGAGGUACACGCGUGCUCGCCUCGUUGGACUCACUUCCCUCCCCAUCUUUGUUCUUUUCUGCAUGUCCUCCCAUCAAUCCCCAGUUCCCUUGCUGUUCAGUCUGCUCCCUCGAUCUUGCUCUGCCUGUCGCCCCACUGUUUCGUAUCUCUCCGCCAACCUCACCAGGUGUUUCUUUCGUUCCUCCCACUCUCUUUUCCCCCUCAUUCUCCCCUUCGCUGAGAGCCAGCUGCCUUCGGGGAUUCCCGCAGCAGCCGCAGCAGCAGCAGCCGCAGCAGCAGCAGCAGCAGCAGCAGCAGCAGCCGCAGCAGCAGCAGCCAGCGGUGGCAGCAUCUGGUUACACAGAACCCCCCCUGCCUGCUGCGCCCGCGCUAGCUGCUCCGUAUGCUUUCUCUGCCUCAGACGCUGCACCCACCCCUGCCGCCGCUCCCCCCCAUCCCACUGCCCAUCACCCCGCUCCCCCUGCCGCCGUGCCUGCACCUGCUUCUGCUGCUGCUGCCGGCAGUGAUAGCGGUUUCACAGGAGCGGCAGCGGUGGGAGGAGAGGGCAAGGGCAGUGCGAGUGGGGGGGCGGGGGCGGGAGUGAAGAAGUCGAGUGUGUUCUCUGACGUGCUCAGUGCCGGCCUCGUGGACCUCGACAUCUCCAAGGCAUCACCCUGCUCCCACGUGCCAUUCCCACUCCUGCCACCUUCCACUCUCCCUUUCUCUGCCAUCCCCUCACCCACCAUCUCCCUUUCACCCGUGCGCCACCCCCUGCCACCCCAUUGCGUGGCGGCAUCAGAGCCGGACGACCCACUGAGCUCGGUGGGCGUGAUGCCCAAGUCCAAGCUGCGGUCGGCGCGCGAGCGCAAGGAAGACGCCAGCCGCCAGCAGCAGCAGCAGCACCUCGGGCUGGGGCAGGGGCAGGGGCAGGGGCAGCAGGGCGGUGUGCCUGCUGCCAUGGGCCGUGCCAUGGGGCCUGGUGCUGGUGCCGGUGGCAUGGGUGGGGGGGGGGGAGGCAUGGGGGGCAUGGGGGGCAUGGGAGGCAUGGGAGGCAUGGGUGGCAUGGGUGGUGGGAUGGGAAUGGGAGGAGGAAUGGGGGGGAUGGGGGCGAUGGGCGGAAUGGGUGGUGGAAUGGGUGCCAUGGGCGGUGGUGGUGGUGCCUAUGGUAUGCAGGGUGCGGCCCCCAUCACGGCCGCCGCGCCCUGCCACACCCACCGCGCGCCUGCCACGCGCCUGCCGCGCACCUGCCACCCUACUGCGCCCUGUCACGCGCCUGCUCUACCGCGCGCCUCCGCCGGACGGCGCAUGGGUGGUCGUGGUUGUGGAAGAGGUGGAGGUACUGGUACGUUGGGGGAUGUUGACGUUGGGAGUGCUGAUUCUGGGGGUUUUGUAGCAGGAGGUGAAGGAAUGUGGGGUGAGAAGGUGACUCCGUAG